CGCACGUCUGUGGUGGACUGAGCGGUCGGCGUUGUGCCUGCUGUCCGGUUCACACUAUGGGGUCAGACCCCGGGAGCUGUUUGCAGUCUCCGCCGUCACCAUGCAACACUAUAGACGGGAGCAGGAACGAUCAGCGACGAACGCGCGGCUGAUUUGCAGAGGGAGAGAAGACCACAGCUCAGGAUUGUCUAGUGCUGGAAAGACUGCUUUGCUGGCCUCUGUUCUUACAAGGAUUGUGUUCCUCUUUCUUGAGAUUUUGUUUAUUUGUAUUUGGUUUCCUUGCUGGCGUCACUCUGGGCUGGGAGGGGGAGCUGAUAUGACCAACUGCCGGGAGAUGGAGGUGGCGCUUGUGAGUGUUGAGAAUUUGAACGGCUUGGGAAUGGGAGACCAAGGGGAUCACAGCUAUCCUCACCACCCCACCGAAAUGAGCACCCCUACCAGGACCCUGGAUCACCCUCCCAGCUACAGCAACAACCUCCACUACCAGCAUAGCCAGCAGCCACAGCCCAGCCUGCCCAGGAGGGGACGAUCUAGCUGUGCCAGCCUGAUCUCCAGCUGGAAGCUCUUUCUGAACAGCGAGGGGACCCAGAGUGAGACCGUCUUCACCAAACUGGCCAUGGAGUGUGGAGAGGACUUGCUGGGGGACCAAGGGGGGAGGAACGAGGGCGACCAGAAGGUGAUCAUUAAUAUUGCCGGCUUGUGCUUUGAGACCCAACUCAAGACCCUGGACCAGUUCCCUGAAACCCUUUUGGGUGACCCCCAGAAAAGGAUGCAGUAUUUCGACCCCAUGAGGAAUGAGUACUUCUUUGACCGCAAUCGGCCCAGCUUUGAUGGGAUCCUCUACUAUUACCAGUCUGGGGGGAAGAUCAGACGUCCAGCCAACGUUCCCUUAGACAUCUUUGAGGCUGAGAUCGUCUUUUACGAGUUGGGGAACGAAGCCAUGGAGCAGUUCCGAGAAGAUGAGGGCUUCAUCAAAGACGUGGAGGUCCUGUUACCCACGAAUGACAUCCACCGGCAAUUCUGGCUCCUCUUUGAGUACCCGGAGAGCUCCAACGCAGCCAGGGUCGUCGCUUUGGUCUCUGUUUUUGUCAUCGUGGUUUCCAUUGUCAUCUUCUGCCUGGAGACCCUUCCCGAGUUUCGAGAGGAACGGGAUUUUUUCCCCGCGACAGACGAUUUCUUCAACCUGAGCCAGGAGGCUUCUCCCUCCUCUUCUAACCCAGUCAGCCCUUUCUCAGACCCCUUCUUCAUCAUCGAGACAGCCUGCAUUGUCUGGUUCUUCUUUGAGGCCUUCGUGCGGUUUGUGGUCUGCCCGAGCAAACAGGAGUUCUUCCGUAACAUCAUGAACAUCAUCGACAUCAUUUCCAUCAUCCCUUACUUUGUCACCUUGAUCACCGAGCUGGUAGCCACUGCAGAGCCCACUGCGGGACAGACCAUGUCCCUGGCUAUACUCCGCAUCAUCAGGCUGGUCCGCGUCUUUCGGAUCUUCAAGCUCUCCCGGCACUCCAAGGGGCUGCAGAUUCUGGGGCAGACCCUCAAGGCCAGUAUGCGGGAGCUGGGGCUGCUGAUGUUCUUCCUUUUCAUCGGGGUCAUCCUUUUCUCCAGUGCAAUCUACUUCGCAGAAGUGGACGAACCCCAGACUCAGUUCACCAGCAUACCCGAGGGUUUCUGGUGGGCCGUUGUGACCAUGACCACAGUAGGGUACGGAGACAUGUGCCCGAUCACUCUUGGGGGCAAGAUGGUGGGCACCUUGUGCGCCAUAGCUGGAGUCCUGACCAUCGCCUUGCCCGUGCCCGUCAUCGUCUCCAACUUCAACUACUUCUACCACCGGGAGAACGAGGAGAAGCCCACGAUACCCACAGAGGGAGAGACAUCCAAGACGGCCGCCAAAGACGGCAGCACAACCUCUCUCAACCAAACUAACGGGUCUCGGCUGACCGACAAGUCAAAGAACAGCAAGCACUGAGCUCCGAGCAGGGGCUGGCACACUUUUCCAUUUCCAAAUGCUUUCUUUCACCAGGACCCUGGAGGUUGGGUUCUCAUUUCCCAGGGAGUCCUGGAAUGAUGGGGGUGGAAGUUACUUGUUAAAAACCCCAAACAAUCAUCUUCAGCUAUCAGCAAUACAGACAGUGGAGUAACAAAACAACAGUGUACACUCCCUGCCACCAGCAGGGGGAAAUCUUCUUGACUGCAAAUGUGUGAACAUUAUGAAACCUUUACUGGUUGUAAUAUUUACCUUUCUUACUAAAUAUAGUUACAACUGUAUGUCCCAAAGGAUAUUCUUUUAAACAUGUUGUUUUUGUGUAAAGUUUCUGAGGAGAGGUUAUUUUAGUGAUGAGUUUCUUGAGCAGGAUAUUCCUCUGGUUAUUCCAUGUGAAUUUGGACAGGUUUCACAGGUCCUGUAAGCAUUGAUCUUGGGUGUAUCCUGUGCGUUUGAACUCUGACCUGUGUCUAUAUGAGGGUUAGCACUUCAUUCUACCAAUACCUUUCUCUAGUAACCCAUUCAUUAGAAACAAUAACAGGUGGUUUGCAUUGUUUUCACACACAGUAUAAUCGUAUUGCACAGAUUGAGCGCUCUAUUAAAAAAAAAGGUAAAUAAUAACACU